AGUCAACGACCAAGCUCCGCUGCUAGGUGCCACACAGGGAGCGACCAGCUUGGCGUCGAUAGAGCCAUUGCACAUGACCGUAUCAUACAAGUCGGGCCCGCCCUACAAGUUCCGGCCACAGGGCGCGCCCGCGGGCGUUUGGCCGCACACACCAUGGUGGUUGUGCACCUUUUAUGACCCCUAUGAACGAGUGAACGUUUGGUCGCACGGCCUUCCCGCGCUCGCCUUCAUAGUGCUAGGGGCGCUGGCCAAGGCGGGGGCGGUGCCGGGCGACAACGCCCUGGCUGUGUUUUGCUUCUGUGCCGCCAUGACGCACGGCUCGUCGGCGCUGACCCACGUGUGGCCAGAUGACCACCUUCUGGAGAAAAUCGAUCACCUAUGCAUCCCCUUCCUCAUCGUCGGUGUCCCGCUCACAGCAGUCAUGGCGCUGCGGCCUCAGGGCCCCUACCACGUCCUGACGGCGGUGGCGGUGGCGGCCACGGGCGCCGCCUUCCUGCGGCCGCUGCACCGCACCCUGGCCUUCAUCGCCAGCGGCGCAGUGCUGUUCGGCUACUACUUCUGGAUCGUGGAUUGGAACAUAGUCGCGCAGGUGGUGCUGCAAGUGGCUGGCGGCUACUUCUUUGUCCAGAACGGCGGCCACUCGCGGCCGCCCGGCCUGCAGGACCACCAUUUCCUGCACUACUGCGUGACCGCCGCGUCUGUGCUGCACGUGGUCUACAUCCUGAAAGCGGUGGGCGCGCUGGGCGGCGGCAGCGCGGGGGCGGCGGCUGCCGGCGCGGCCGCGGCGAUGGGCGCGGCGGUGGGGAGGCACAAGCAGGCGUGAGUUGGAGUGAUGGCUGGGGGCUGCGUGUGUGUGCGUAGUGCUGUCGAAACGCGAACGCGAAUGUGCGCGACACUAAGAGUGCGUGUGUGAUCUGGAAGAGUGGGUGGUAGCUUGCCAAAGAGUUGGUGCGGAGUGGUGGGGGGUCGGCUGGGUAGACGCAGGAGUGCGCUGGGGCGGGAAGAAGCAGAGGGCAGCGAGCUGGGGUGAUUGGAACACAUUAUGUUAUAGAAGGGCGGUCUUUGGCGUGCGGGCGGAUGAAUUGCAUCAGGCAGGAUGGCAGGGGGUUUCAGUCGGGCCCCAAGGGCUUGCUUUUGGGUUGAUCAUUUCGGGGCAGCACUUUGUGUCCCCUGUGAGAGCUACCCCACCAAGACUCGGCGCUGAUCAAUGCUGUGCAAUUGGUACGAAUUGGAGCAUGGGUGUCUGAAAGCGUAAACGGUCAGGGUGCGUGACUGAAUUUCGAACUGUGCUAUGCGUGCCCAGCCAAGCACUGCUCUCAUUCUCGCGUGUCAUCAAUGCAAACUCGCGACAUAUGUAACGUCGUGUAGGG